AUGUCUGGACGCCAGGUGAGACAUUCCAACACUAAUAGCUGCUUGAACCAUCCCAAAAAUGUGUCCUUUCCAGACCAGACUUCAGGCUGGUCCCAAUGCCCUGUGACCAGGGCUAACAGCCUCAAACGUCACUGCACCCCAAAUGGCUCGGAGUUCAGCAGCUGCAGCAGCCCUUUGGAACGGUCCGACAGCCCCGGCUCCCCUAGACUUCCAGUGAGAAGAAUCUGCAUGGGCCGACCCUACAACUCCAAGUUUGUAGAGACGAGCCACCUGGCGAACCGCCCCAAGGUGGCCAAAAAGCCCUCUUGCCAUGACAGCCUCCACUGCCUGCUCUGCACAGAUGGUCCCAUUGACCACUCUAGUCCCACCUUCCUGGACCAACUCAUCAGAGGCAUCAACUACCUUGACAGAUCCACCAACUGCCCCAAAUCACUGAGCCUGCCAAGGCUCGCAGUCAGCUACCUAGAACAGGCUGCUAACUCACUCCACCUGGAUCACCCGGACCACUCCUUCCCCCGCAGUUACUCCAGCCCCAGCAUCAGCAUGGAUGCCUCUCACAACACCAGCACCUGCAUGGUGCCAUCCAUCAAGGAUGUCAAUGUUUUGCAGUGUGUGGAUAACUCCAUCAACACAAGUUGCUCACGCCAACUUCACAGCCAGAACUUCAUUCCAAUGCUGCCACAGAGGCCUGGGAUGAAGUUGCCUGAGCUCCCCUUGUUUGGCAACGGGAUCUUUUCUUUAGGUCGCCUGCCCAAGUUCUGGGAAGCAAUCCGCUCAGGUUGGAGUGCCCCUCGUGAGCCCAUCUCCAAACCCUGUAGCUGGUGGUAA